UGUGUUACAUGCAGAACACCAGACGAAAUGACAGCUUAAAAAUUUAAAACUUUGUUUUUAUUUGAAAAUUUAGUCAAACUUGAUAUUGAAUAGAUAUGUUUUUACGGCUGUGUUCUUGCCAUGUAUAAAUCUUCAGUUAUUGAGCCGUUGCUACAUGCGGACUGGCCCACAGAUGGAAAUAUAGUAUGGAAUAAUUUGAGUGAGAUUGUAUGGAUGUUACCGGCAUGAUGUAUACAAAAGAAGGGGAAUUUGAGGUUUCUCUGACUGGAGGUUCACCUUGGGGGUUUACGAUUAGAACUCAAUCAGGAAAUGGUUUAUAUAAUCGCGGUAAAGUCAUUGUUAACAAGGUUUGUACAUUUGAAAGCAUUAAUCAGUUAUAUGUUAGUAUUUUCUUUCUUGCUAGUAUUGGAAGUCCUCAAUUUUAUAUGUUUAGUACCAACGGUUCUUUGUUGUAUAUAGCCGCUGUUCUGGUGCGAAGUAUAUUUAAGAAUAUUUCAGUAAGCAUAGUUUCACUUCUUAAAAUAUAUUGUGAUAUUUUGACGGUUUCAUAUUACACAUUUUAUCCUGAAUCGGCCACUUUCCGCGGAAACAUUGUGCCUCGUCAGAAACAUCCCUUCCGCUUCUCCAUACAAAACUGAGUUCUAAGAUUAGAAAAUAGCCAAUUUUGGUAUAAAUGGUUGUUCGGCAAAAUGUCCUCUACUUUUUAUGUUUCCUUUUGUAUUUUAUAUUCGGUUUCUUUUGUACACAAAGUGAAGGCAACUCUCUUAUUUCGUUUGCUAACACUCUUCAAUGUGUUUGAUUUGCAAAUGUGAUUUCCUCAUAUUAUUCUGCGAUAUUGUGCUUGUUGUAUGCCAACCCGAGGCUUGUAAUAUACUAGCACAUCUGUUUCACUUAAGCUUCAAAACAUUGUAAUGAUGUAAAGAUAUACAGAUAAAUUGGUAGUUAUGACAUUUUUAGCCUGGACUGAAUAUAUUUUUGCCUAAGCUAACAACAGUCAUUUGAUGAAUGAUAUAAAGUUGUGGUCAGUAAAGCAUUAACAGCGGGACAUUCGUAUAUUUCGAUCGCGUUUCAAAUCUUUUCAGCGGAAACUGCUGUUAUCGCUUUAAUUUAGAAGAUCAUAUUUCGCAGACAUCACGGCAUUCUAUAUGGCUAAGGAAUGACGAGAAUUUACUGCGAUAACGCAAGAUUUAAACUCAAAAACUCUAUUUUACGCACUACGAUUGUUUACAGAUUUCAUGCUUGUUUCGUUGAUUCUACUGGCAAUUGAUAACAACGAAAUUGAAACGGCCAUUGUCUUAAAGAUUGUUCAACUAUGUCAGCUAUUCUUUCCAUGCUAAUCAAGUUUUUAUGCUGCAGCUAUUUUGAGCAUGACUCGAUGACAAUUCAACACAUUUGAACUGUUGUGUUGAAAUUUUUGUGUUUGUUGAUACAAGGUGAACUGCGGAAAGUCGUUAUCAUUUUGGAUUGAAAUUGGACACACAUAUUGGUAUGCCUUCUUCAAAUUCGUUUUGAUUUCUACUUAAAAUGUGAUCUUUUUUGUACUUGAAAUCUUCACUUAUCUUGACAUGUCUAAUCAUUCAAUUUAUCAAUAAUGAGUCUUCGCUAAUGUAAGCAACCAUUUCUGUAUUUUCAGGUAUUUUAUAUUGCUUAUCUUCCUGCGAAUACCAUAUACGUAUUCAGCGUGCCACUUGCUUUAAUAUAGUACAAAUAAAAAUACUCUUUCUUUCUUGUUUGCUUUGUUUUUACUGUAGAAUAUUUUAGUUUUAAUCAGAAAAUAAAAGCUCGCGUCUACACUUGACAGUGUUUAUCUUUCACGGUUGUUGUUGAAAGAGUUGCGAACUGGUGUUGUUCUAAUUCUGAUUCUAAUUUAAUUCUAGAAUGUAAUUAAUCAUUCCAAUGCGUCUAAUUUCAUUCGAUUAUAUAAAACGCAUUUCUCAACCCCAGGGAGGAAUGUCUAAUACAUACAUCUUGCUUGUGCUAGUAUUACGUUUACAUAGAGAAGUGAGUCAUAUCCGAGAUUGAGAUAAACCUUAAAGUGUAUAUGGCACAUGUUUGGUUAACAUGGAAACCUGCAUACUUUGGAUGUUAUUAAUUAGCUAGAUAUUUGUUGCUUUUGUGUUGGCAUGAAAGUAAUUUGAUACUCUACACUAUUUGGGUAUGUGUUGUGGUUCACGCAGUAGAUAAUCUAAAUAUCUGUGCCAUACUAAAAUGGAGGUGCUGUAUAUCCUGCAUUAUUUGUACAACUAAGGUACUACAUUGAGUUUUGUGAAUAUGUUCUGCUAUAUAUUUCAAAGAUAUGUUGAGUUGGUUUGAAAUCUUAGGACAUCCGAACAUAAAAGUUGCUGUUAUUUUGUGCUCAAAUGACAAAAUAUUUGCCAUAUUGCCAACCCAAUUUACCUAAGUACCAUCUUUAAACUUGUUAUCACUACAUGUAGAUAGGUUAUUUAUAAAAGUGUCACACUUGUUUAUAUAUAGGUUGUACAAGGUGGCAAAGCAGACAGCUCUGGGAAUAUUCAUAUUGGAGAUGAAAUACUAGCUGUAAAUGGUUUUGAGUUUGAUAAUGAACAACAGGCAACGCAAUAUGUUAAAGAUGCAAGGAAAGAAUUAAUUCUAAGGGUUAAAAGGUAUAUUGGGUAAUAACAAUAUCUUGUUGAUGUUCUAAACUGUUUAUUAUCAAAAUGAUGACAAAUGUUGUAUUGGAUCAUUUUAUUUUGGCAGAGGUCAAGACAAAAGAAGAAUGAAUAUCAGGCUUGCUGGUGAUAUGCCUAACUAUUUUGCUAAAGCACUAGAGUCACCUUUUGAAAAGGAGGUGUACACACAGCAUAAUACUGACAUGGUUUCCAAUAACAAGAGAUCAAGCAAAGAAUAUGAAAAAGAUCUCAGUUAUAAUUUUGGCAGUGAUACUGUGAAUGCAGUAAUAGAUUACCCAAGUGGUCAGUCUGGAAACUCUCAAAUAAACGUGACAAGACUUACAAGGUCUACAGCUGAUUUGUCUGAAUAUAAUCAAACUAAAGAUCAGUUCCUCAAGGAUAAUGUAUCAAGGUUGGUAUCUUAUCUAUCUAGUAAUGAGCUUUACUGUAGAUAGUGUAUAUUGGUCUAAUGAAGUAUUCCAUUGGAUUUCAUAGAAAUUGUAGUACAGAGGGUACUGUAAACAGAUACAAUAUAAUCAGCUACAAUUAUGAUCCCACUCACCAUUCUUUGACCAAAAUGUGUAUAGACCAGACUGUGUUGUUGUGAGUUGAGCGGGAUAUAUUCACAAAUUUGAUUUUUCAGGACUGGCCAUCAGUGAUUGGAAAUAUAGAUUCAUAUGUAGUGUUCCAGAGUCAACCAGACCUGCAUUACUGGUUACUGCUUUUCUGGUGAUGAUCAUCGUUCAAACCAUUCCAGUGUGGAAAGUUUGUAUCGCACAACUGAGAUAUUGGGUGUGCAAUUUUGGUGCUUCUAUGUAUUUACUAUUAAAUUUUCCAAAUUUCAACUGUGCAAUUUCCAAACUUUCCAGUGAGGAAACCAUUGCUAAAAUUAAUGACUUUUCCCACUCAUUGAGGGAGUUCACUGGUGUGGACGAGGCUGGAGUAUGUUAGAUAUGUGAUGGUCCCUCCUCUGUUUUGGUAGUAGAGGCCCACCUUGCUUUUGAAUAUCAAAAUGGGGCAUUUUUACAGUCAUCCAGUCAGUUUAAUUUUAAAGCACAAGGAAUCUCUGAAUAGAAGUUCAAGUAUGGUUGUCCAUGCAUGUCCAUGGACCAUGGAUUAUUUCUUGCCAUGAUAACUGAGCUAAAUAUACCUCAAGUUUGAUCCAAUAUCCAAAACCAGGUUAAUUAAUAACAACACAUAUAUAUCAGCUGAAGUUAAUUUGCUUUACCUUUACAGUAAAGAAUGAGAUAAGAUGAAUAUCAUAUAAGAAUUAGCCAUCAGAAUGUGAAUACUUGUCAGCUUGAAAAAAAAAGCUGAGGCAUAUCUACAUCCAUGAUUGCUUAUUUCCACAGAAAGGGUAACAGCAAUGGUAAUCGUGAAUCAUAUUAUUGAAGAUUUUGAAAGUUGCUAUGAAAAAUCUGUGAUUUGUAUAAUUUUGUAAAAAACUUGGUCCUACUAAUUUGCUAUCCUAAUGUUAAUGAAAAACUUUGAAAAAAGUAUAAUUCAUACAUUGUCGAGAUUUGAAAUUAGAAGGAAAGACUUGUAUUCUUCAAUAAUUUUAUUUGAUGAGAUACUUAGUUUAUGUGAAUCAGCUGGAAUUUUUACAAACUCUUUCAUGGUCAUAAUUUCCUUAAUGUUGUCUAUGUAUAUACUUUUGACAGACAGAUGGGCUGCAGCUAUUUGCUGCAAUAAUUUCUUUUGUAAAAUAAAUUGCCAGUGCCAGUGGUUUUUAGGUUAGCAAUAUGUUUGAUUAGUAUUCAUAUUGGUAUAAACAUACUUAUAAAUUUGAAAGUUCAGAUGGUACUUUACAAAUGUCAUGUUGUGGCCAUGAUAUUCAAUGUGUUAUUAUAUAUACAUUUUUAAUUUAUGAUGUUGCUAUGUGUUUACGAGAAACCUGGAGAUGCAGUCUUGUUAGGGUUAGGGUAAUGUAACUUGUAUUAUAUAGUCAAUCAUAUAAUAUUUACUGUUAUAGAAAUUGAUAACCGAUAGCACGAAACUGCGGUGAUAACGGUGCCAAGUUGUACAGCUAGAAUCAGUGCUGUAAUGAACAAGAGUAAUUGAACAUAUAAAUGUUAUUGUUAAUCAUUUAUAUAUCAUGAUAAAUAUAUUAUAUAUUUUAUCACUAUGAAACCAAAUUUUUGGAAUUAGGUUUAAAGCCCAUUUUAGCCCAGUCAGUUGGAAUGUCAUUACAUUUAUUACCUGUGGCGUUUUAUUUUAGUGUGACUAAAAUUAGUUACUUUGACUAAUGGCUCAAUAGGGUGAAGUGAUGAUCAUAUGGUCAACAAAUAAAAGAUUAUUUUUAGUCAUUCCAUAUGUGCUGAAUCUGAGGGAGGCCACAGGCUGCUUGUUUUGAUUACCAAAAAUUUGAAACAUGAUCUGUAUAAAUUGAAUUUUAGUUGUCACUGCAAAUUUGUUGUAGAUACGCAAUAAUUUUGCGAAACAGUUACAAAACGUGAUAUGAUGUCUUGCAAUGCUAAUGCAUCAUUCCAGGAGCAACUUGCAAAAAUGUUGUCUUCGCGAGAAAAAAAUUCGUCUUGGCAGAACUGUAUUAGUAGCGAAUUUAACCUCGUGGAGGGAUAGAAUUAAACUCGAAAUUUAUGAACAUGGAUAGGGUUGAAAUAAACACAGUAUGAGACGUAAUUGGCUACCUGCCAUCUUAAGGCGGUGGAACGUUCUACACUGUACAUAUACUGGUACAUGUACCCUUUUUGGCGGUAAUCACAUUAGUAUUGCAGUUCGUCUGUUCUUUAUAAAAACAGACUGUCAAUAUGUAGUUUUUACGGUUCUGAAUUAUGGAAAUCCUUUCUCUAUCCAAACCUGUCAUUUUGUAGUUUUGAACCAUUUUUCUGCAUUCUUACCGCAUACUAAUUUAUCGAUCACGGAUGCAUAGAGGUGGCGGGCUCUGUUGGAUGAACUUUAAUUAUUAAUAAUUAAUGAAGAAAUUAAAACACAAAAGAAAAUUAUGAUGCCGUGAUUUUAUAAUACCAAUCAACAUAAGCCCAAACAAAAUAUGCUACAUUUAUACAUUUUACGUAAAGUUGAUUAGUCAAAACAAAACAACGUCGAUAAAUUAAUGACACACGUCAUUUCUGAGCUCGAUGUAUUCUAAAUCACUGGACCAUUCUUUUGUACCUUGCAUAAAAUGUCCAGUCGUAGGAAUUUUACUACGCAAAGUGGAAUUAGGUUAUUAGGACAUUGUUUUUUUUUCAUGCAUGCUUGGUAUGUAAGUAGAAAUACCUGCAGGAAACGUUUCUUUUUUACAGGAUUAAUUAUAAGUACAACAUACCAAGUUUUAUGACAUGCAUUCCUUCCAUUCUUUACGUAUCCUCUUAAAAAUGAUUCACUUACGUAUCCUUUUAACAUGACUCACUCACAUUACGCAAGUUAUGGUGAUAACUAUAUUUAUAAUCGGGUGAUAACUAUAUUUAUAAACUUUACUAACGAGAACGCACGAAAGUUCUUGCGAAAUUUCUUUCUUUCAAUGCAGCGGGAGUUACAUGAUGACACUUAUCAUAUAAAUUGACAUUAAAUUAUUUUGUAUUUCUAUACUAUAGUGAUUUAUUAUAUUAUUGUAUUAUUGCAUGAUCGUAUAAAGUGCUUUUAUAAGUGCGUAGAGGAAUUUAAGCGGUUACCUUAAUCUUUAUUUGAAAUUUCACCCCAAAUGUUUAUGAUUGCAUUGUAAAGAUCACUUAAAAUGACUUAAUAGUUUUUAUAGAAUUUUGGUAAACUUGCUUCCAUUGCAAGAUAUUCAACUUCAUAUGCAAAAUAUCACCUGUGUGACAUCACAUCGCAUAAUGACAUUUUGAAAACGCAAUAUUUUACCUUGAUAAAAUACUUUUCCAAACAAAUACAGAGGGUUAAUUACCAGUUAUGAAAUUAAUACAUAUACAAGGGCAAUUUUUAAGUUUUUUAGAUACGUAUUCGUCAAGAAAACUAUACUUUUCUGAAAACUCAUUAUGUGGUGUGAUGUCACAUCGGUGAUAUUUGCAUAUGAAAUAAAGUGGAAUAUCCUUAAGUCAUUUUAAGUGAUCUUCACAAUGCAACCAUAAACCUUUGGGGUGAAAUUUCGUGUCAUAGGCACGGAGGAGAGAGACUGGAUACCACUGUUCUUCUAGGUCUACUAUUCUGCACAGGCUUGGCGACUAUUUUGUUAUCCUCGGGGAGUUUCGAGCAAUUAAUUUUACAGGAGUGUGUGUAAGCUCCUGAAACAAACUACACACGUAAAAACAACUUGUCAACAAGAGGUAAUCGUUCCAUGUUUCGCGCACCAAUAUAGUAAACGUUAUCUAAUGGAUAUUCUAGUGUACUGAAAAGUUAACUGGAUAUCUCCAUACACAUAUAUACACACCCUAACCUUAAACCUAACCCCUAACCUAACCUAACCCCUAACCCUAUACCUAACCGCCUAACCUAUAUUGGUGCGCAAAACAGGAACGAUAACCCAACAAGAUGUGUUUAAGCCUGUUGCGAACAGCCAUGUAGCAAACUUGUCAACAAGUUGUAACAAUGCUGUUAUUUUAUCAAUUUGCUAUAAGUAUAAGGCUGUCACUCACAAUUUGUCGACAAGUUGUUGAAUUGCAGCCUUUGCAGGACGAUAACAAGUUGUUGGAACUUGUAACAAGUCUGUUGAGCUCAACAACCUUGCAACAAGUCUGUUGAGCUCAACAACCUUGCAGCAAGUUGUCAACAAGUUGGCAACAAACCAGUGCGAACACAUCCCGAUGACAAGUUUUUGGAACAGCAUUGCUACAAGUCUGCUGGUGGUUUGUUACAACUUGUGUGUUUUUACGUGUGCAUACCAUGAUUUAUAAUUAAUAUCUUAACGGUACAUAACUAAGGCUACAUAAGUUUAAAAUAAAUAAAAACAAUGAUAAAUAAGUAAAUUUACUAAAUAAAAAAUAAGAAAUAACUAACAAUUUAAUUAUAUUUUUUUAUCAAAAGGAGACUGAAGCAUUCUAGUUCAUUUAACCAAAAGAUAAAUAAAAGCUCUGAACGUCCACGAAUUCAACGACAACAUACUUGGAAUGGGAGAGGGUAUAAAAUACUAACAUUUAAUUCAUUAAACAUAACGUAAAUAUAACAAAUAUAGCAUACUAACUCUAAAUCCAAAAUAAAUUAAUUUUAAAUCCAAAAUAAAUUGCAGUAAACGAGUUUAAUUAAAUGAAUGUUUUAUUGAAAAUUAGGUUAAUUAAUAAAUAAAUAUAAUAAGAAAUAAAACAAACUAUACGAUGUAUGUACAUUGAAACUUGUGUUUUUCAAGACUCAUUAGAGUCCUCCUGAGAAUCAAUGAUGGUUUCCCAGGUAAAUACUGCUAAUAGUAUAACCCUUUUUAACCCUGGAGUUUCCCCCACUAAAAUACUAAAUUCACGAUUGAAAACGAAUCGUAUAAAUGGUGUAGAAGGGACAAUAAUAAUGUUCAGAAAUUUCGACAGCCACACACCACACACAACGUUAACAGUACUCUAUAUAUACAUGCCGAAGCUGAAGAGUGAAGUUCCUUAACAUGCAUGCAUGCAGAACCAUGCGAGGUAUCACUCUGCUUAUUAAAUCAGACAGGACAGGUAUUUGCUUCCAGGUUAUUACAAAGGGUAUAUAUUGAAACAAAUAAAUUGUGGACGAGUGGUAAAUAAUGAUAUAAAUUUUAUAUAAUUUUGUAGUUCUCCACCUCGCAAGAACUACUACAAUCCUCCAAGCAGUCCAGAUAAAGUACAACGUGUGAGGAUACGAAGUACAAAUGUCACAUCAGGAAAAUAUAAGUAUUCAUCAGAAAAUGACAAGUCAUCACCAUCUUCCUCUUUUGAUGAUAGUCUUAGACAGUAAGUUAAUAUACAGAACUUGUUUAAUUUUUUUCACUUCUUGUUUAUAAAUAUUUUUUGCUGUUGUGUUGUUUGUUGUUGUUGUUGUUGUCGUUGUUGUUGUCGUUGUCGUUGUCGUUGUCGUUGUCGUUGUCGUUGUCGUUGUUGUUGUAGGUUGUUGUUGUAGGUUGUUGUUGUAGGUGGUUGUUGUAGGUUGUUGUUGUAGGUUGUUGUUGUAGGUUGUUGUUGUAGGUUGUUGUUGUAGGUUGUUGUAGGUUGUUAUAGGUUGUUGUAGGUUGUUAUUGUUGGUUGUUGUUUAAUUGUUGUUGUUGAAGUAGAAACUAUAGAUAUGUUUUAUUGAAGCAGAAACUAUAGAUAUGUUGUCUUAGACGUGUUGUACUAUUGUUGUGUAGAACGCUUUUCGGAAAAAAUCUAGUAUUUAAUGUUUAAAUAUCUUGCAUAAUAUUAAUCAAGGAAGCUGGUUUGUGUUUUUAGGUUAGAUAGCAGCCGUUCAUCAACUUCAUCUACACCUGGUGGUUUUUCUGCAAGUGUUCAGAAACCAUUCAACUCCAGUGCAAUGGAAGAUCUCAAUCGAACAUGGCCAUCUGCCUCCAUUUCUGAUGCUUCAGCCAAGGAUGCCUCAUUGCGAUCUCCUAGAUCAGCCAUCUCUGUCUCAGCUGCAAGAUCUCAUUUUGAACAGAUGUCUAAGUCUAGGUAAGAGUCUUAAAAGAUUCGUAGCAUGUAUACUUGCAUGAAAUUGGUAAACUUGAGUAUCACAACGAGGCGAACUUAAUUGUCACAAUCAGCUAACGCAUGUUGAUGCUCUUAGCUACCAAAUUAUGAAUAUGCAUAGUUACAUCUUUUAUUAUUAGCAUGACAAAAUUGCUGGACGCUGAUUGGUUGAGAGGAGUACAAUUAUUUCAUUAAUUGUACUGCAGUACAAUUAAUGAUUUUCCCAAAACAAUUAAAAUGGCGGAAAAGUAUUUUAAAGUUUAAACACAAACGUGAAAUGAAAUUGCCCUAGAGGAACUAGAUGAAAAUGCGAACAAAAGCACCAAAUCUUGCUUUAACAAAAGAACUAAAUGAAAAUACGAACAAAAAGCACCAAAUUGGACUGGGCUUUGACGAGAGAAUAUGAUGUUGACAUUGAGAAGUAUCCACAUUUUGUCACGCUAAUAAUAAACAAUAUUCUUCGGAAUUUGUUUCUAUACAUUCGGCGACUCGUCCAAUUUUGCCAAAAUUUCCAAACAUCUCUCGUACUAUUAUUAAUCCUUAAUUGUACUCGCCAUCGCAUGAUUACCUAUACAAAUCAGUGUAUGUAUAGAAACAAAUUGCGAAGAAUAUUGACAUCGUGAUAAUGACUUUAAAACAAAGUCGAAAAUUUACAGUUUCAAAAGAUCGUUUUGUUCUAAUUCAAAUCUUGAAUUUCGAGAUGACAUUAUUCUUCGAAAUUUGUUUAUUUUUAUGUUAUUGUGUAUUAGGGACGGACCAUUAGAAAAGUGAUGGGGGGGGGGGUAUUUUCUGAGAGGCAAUAUAUUUUUUUUUUGUACACCUAUAGAAGAAAUUUUUUUUUCUCACUUGAUGGCUGGAAAUAUUUUUUGUAAGUGAAAUUUACAGGCUUAUCUUCCAAGCAAGGAAUUUUUUUUUGCACUAUGCCUGGGAAGAUUUUUUCCCCUAAUUUUUCUAAAUACUUUUUUUCCCCCCCCCCCCCCCCCAAUCACUUUUCUAAUGGUCCGUCCCUUAUAAGUGUGUUUUGGUUUACAGUACGAUGUCGGAGUGUGCUCAGUAUUGCGGAUCUCACCGAACUGUUGCGUCGUAUCAAAAAUUCGUAUCGCUACCACUCCCACAACUACAUGGUUUUGCAUGUUUACUAUAUUAUUCUAUUUUAAACAAUCAAUCCGGUUCUUGGUAACAAUUACUAUAGGUGUGGUCGUACACGUUUGCAGGAGGGCCAGUAGCGAUACGAAUUUUUAUGCGAUGCCGCAGUUCGCUGAGAUCUGUAUACCAUAAAUAAUGAUAGGGCAAAACUUUAGAUUUGCUUAUCUCAAAAUCUUCACCACCGUCGGUUUCUGCCUAAGUGCAUGAAUCACCGUCAGGUGAUUUCACUAAUUCGGAUGAUACUGACAUUGUUGUAUAAUGGUUGUAAUAGUGCUAUCAUAUUUAUUUUCAGAGAUCAGGAACAACGUCUAGAAAGUGAACGAAGAUCUAGUUCAUCGUCAUCUCUGGCUCCAAAGCCUCCUUCAAGAAACAGUUCAUUCCGUGCUUCCAGGCUCUCCUCCUCCUCCGCUGUUUUCAUAGAAACUCGUGAAAAGAGCCCAACUUCACCCAUCAGCCGCAGACAGAAUAGUUUUUCGCACGGCAGUUCCUCGCACGAGACUGUAUAUACACCUACACGUAAAGCUAGCAGUACUGACGAUUUAGAUAAACCUCUACCUCCUAAGCGCUAUAGUCAGUCAUCACUAUUGAAUUCCUUCCGUAGUAAUAAAAAACCUGGAUACGUCCCAAGGACAAGUGCACCCUCCACUGUGUAUGACCAGGGAGAGAAUGUUGUGCACUAUCAUGCAAGAACACAAAGUUUACCUUCGUCGAAACUCCUUGCAACUCCUCCGUCGUCGAGAUCAUGGGUCAUGAAUGAAGGAGGGGAAGACACAAGAAAUGAAGACACAAGAAAUGAAGACACAAGAAAUGAAGACCGAAACGAACGGUUACCAAGGUCAUCGUCAUUUUCCCGCGCCCGUGUUAUUGAAGCAAGUACUGUUCAAACUGUUCGUUCUGAGACCAAGCCGUCACGUCGAAGUGAUGCUGGUGGCGCGUUAGAAGUUACUGUUAAGACUGUUCAGAGAGAUGAUACAAAAGCUCCCAUGUAUGCAACGAAGUCUGACGUGAAGUAUAACCGUAGUGGCGGUCUAACCGGAGUUAUUCAGGCUCUAAGAACUGGUGAAGUAGCAUCAGAAAGUGAAGACUUUCGCGUCAAGGCAUCGCCUAAACAAGAUGAACAAAUGACUAACAGUAAUAAAUGGAAUAAACAAGAAUACAACAGAAAAUCAGAAGAACCUAAACCAGACCAGUACAAGGCAACCAAACCAGACAUUAAAAAACCCAAAUCCGAAGAACAACCAAAAUCAGACAUUUACAAACCUAAACCUGAAGUACAACCAAAAUCUAUCUUGAAACGUGAAGUACCCAAACCUGAAGCGAAAAAAGAUAAACCGAAAGUUCCCAAACCUGUACCUGUGUUGAAAGAAAACUCUUUAAUGCAGAGAUUAUUACAGGAAACGCAAGGUCAAGGCGGGUCCAGUGAACGUUCCACUGCGGCCGCCAUUGAAGAGGAAAUAAAUCAACGUACUGGCAAAGCAAGUGUUACCGUCAAGUCAACUCUUGAUUUCCCGAAGACAGGAACCAUUGAACAACGGCAAAGGUUAGUUUUAAGCAUUAUUGAAUAUAAAAAGAAAUCGGAUCCUUGGAAAGCUAUGAGGUCUGUUCAGUUCACGAGAGUGUAAAUAAUUAACAAUUAGUCGCUGAAAGCGAGGUGAUUACAAUUAGAAUGUUAGUUUGUAAUCCAAGUGAGAAUAUAUACAUUUUAAGACCUAACCAGGAACGACUGCGAAAAAUGCAGCACAAGGUCCUCUGGUAGGAAUUGAACCUACGGCCCUGCGAUUCCGGUGCAGCGCUCUAACCAACUGAGCUACAGAGGCAAGCUGUUGAGCUGUAACCGUAAGUUCAUGUAUAUAUAGGUAAUCGGGUGUGCGGGUUGUGAUAAGGUGGAGUUCAAUAAUUUGGAUUCUUGCACUUCACUUGGUGGAAUUAAUAUUAGAAUGUUAGGGUUUGUAACCCAAGUGAGAAUAUAUACUUCCUGGUUAGGUGUUAAAAUGUAUAUAUUCUCACUUGGAUUACAAAUUACGCUGCACCGGAAUCGCAGGGCCGUAGGUUCAAUUCCUACCAGAGGACCUUGUGCUGCAUUUUUCGCAGUCGUUCCUGGUUAGGUCUUAAAAUGUAUAUAUUCUCACUUGGAUUACAAACCCUAACAUUCUAAUAUUAAUUCCACCAAGUGAAGUGCAAGAAUCCAAAGAGGUGAUUACAAGCCUAUAUUCACUGAGCCGAAGGCGAGGUGAAUCUGAGGCGACUAAUUGUUUUAGUAUAAUUUCAGUGUUGAAAAAGUUUUAUUUAUAAAUACAACUAAUACACGUGUUUAUUUUAUGAAUAUAAUUUGCAUAAAUAAUUUGCUUCGGUCUGAUUUUCAGCCAUUUUUGGGAAAAGCAAUAGUUACUGCUCAGAGCAGCCAAUCAGAAUGCUCAAAGGCCAUUCUUCAAUACUGAAAUUAUACUAACAUGGCAUAGAACAUAGGAGAGAAACAUAAAUUUGGGGCAAGUCUAGAGAAAUCGAUGAUGACCUGCAUGGCUGCACCUGUCGCAAUAUAUCGUGACUGUGGUUAUUAAUUUCGAUUUUUUAUAUUUCCGCUGAUUGUUCCCCUUGCAUAUUAUUAUGCAUUAAGAUUGCUUGAUAAUUAUCCAUUCGCAGUAUUUGGCCAGAACUAAUUCUAAAGUUGUCAUUCCUACAAAGACACCUGUUUUACUGACCAAUCAAACAUCGUCAAGAAGUUCAAUCGGCUGUGUAUAUUGACUUAUUAAGCAAAGUUUACAUUUGGGGAAACGUAAAGUAAAUAUAGGGAAAUAUAAACACGGAGAGGAAAAUAAAAGGAAAUGUAAUGCUUAUAAUGCAAUGCUUCAAUGGAUAUGUGCCGAUAUUUCUAUUUAGCGUGGAGUAAAAGAUGUCAAGUAAUAUAACGUAAGAAGUUAUACCCUUUUUUGCUUAAUGAGGCGGCUUUUCAUUUGCGGGAGUAGAUCAAUGGAUAAGAAUGGGUCUGAGCAUGAUAAAGUCUUAAUCCGCAGCAAGUCCAUUCUGGUCGUUUCUUACGCAAUGCAAAAUCGAAGAUGUCGGUCUCUCCUUUUACACCAGGAAAGUCCUUUUCCUGAUCUGGCCGUAGAAAUGAAAGGAGAUGAAAAGAAUUCUAAAUAUACUGGGAGGUUUAGUUGACUCAGAAAUUAGAAAAAUCAAAUUUAAUUGUAGCAACAAAAUUAAGUAAGCAUUUUAAUAAAACGUAUUUGUUAUUUUAACAAGUUGAUAACCUAAUUAUUCUUUAGGUUAGAAAUCGCGUCGGUUGAUAGCAAACAAAAAGAAAGCAUAAAGCUUGAAGAACCGAAACAACAAAAUAAAGAAAUCAACAACAAACCGCCGAACGAGAUAAAAAUUUCACAAAACGAGAUAAAAGAUUCCACGAUGAAUCACUCGGCAUCAAAAGUUGAUCAUUAUUUAGAUAAACUGAUAACAAAACUUGAUUCUCCACCGGUAAAACAUCGAUCUCCUCCACAACAUGUAGAUUCUGCAGUAGAUGAUAAUGUCUUCGUUGAACCUCCAGUGAACACUGAACAAGUCCAACCUAUUGAAAGUAAUAUUGAUGAAAAUGAAGAUUUGGAAAAUUUAAAUCAAGAUGUUAGCAUUGUCUCGUCAGAGUUGUUUGUUAAAUCUGAAGUCCAUGAAGCAGAACUUGAAAGUCAUCAACCACAUCGGAGUGAUAGUAAUGAUAAUAUUGCAGAUAUUGUUCCAGAGAAAAGUCCAGUUUCCAACAAAGUGAAGAAAACAGUCGAGACGAAGUAUGCGGAUACAUUAUCUCCAGCAGAUGUAUCUUUAAAAAGCUUUCACAGUCGCGAAAAUUCAGCAUCUUCACUCCUUGAAGAAACUUUAGAAUCAGCUAAAACAAUCGCAAGUAUUUAUUCAGUUCAAGGACCAACACGCAGUCCUGAUGGAGAGGAUUCUCUGAGCACGGCAAGUGAAAUGCGUCGUCAUUCAUUGGCAAAACGUGUUGUACGAAGAAGACCUAAAUUGAAUUCCUCGACUUUCACCCCAGAACAAGAUCCAGAAGAGUCAGUCACUCCUGCAGACUCAUCUUUGAGUGAACCAGCAGUUCAAAAUGAAGGUGAUGAUGAUAGUGGAGGAAAUAGAUCCACAGGAUCCCUCUCAUCUGGUGGCAGUCGUCCUGAUAGUGGCAUACUUAGUCCCAAAUUCGAGGCUCUUGAAGAACAGAAGGUAACUUUUCCUAGAAUCCCAGCAAUGUCAUGGGAGGCAAUGUUAUUGGAGAAAUCUUAUUUUAAUAGCACAAACACCCCUGCGUGUUCCAGUGUUUUAGGUUGUAUUCUGCAAUAAGCGGUUGCCCUCUGAACUCUACGAGAAAUCACUUCGACCUAAAGGCCUAUAGGGGGGGCCUAUAAGUUGACACUUACAAUUUUUGCUGCAAUUUGUAGUGCGAUUUUCUUCUUCUGAUGCACGUGAACGUGUGGAUGGGUUAUGAAUGUUCAGAUGAGGGUACAUAAUUCAUCUACUCGUUCAUCUACUCGUUCACAUGCAUCAGAAGGAGAAAAUCGCACGAGAAGUCGCAGCAAAAAUUGCAAGUGUAAACGGGCCUGUAUUUCUGUGUUGUUGUUAAAUUGUUCAGACACCAACCACGGCAGCAAUGUUUAUUGCAGCUUGCAAUACACUAAUAAUUCCAGACAAAAACUAUGACUGAAAAGCAUUCGAAGGUGUCGUAAAAAGUAUUCCUAGAAUUAGUCUACGUUUUCCUUCACACGUAAACGACGAUUAAGAAUGUAAAAUGUAAGCGCUUCUCAUUCGUGUUCUUUUACAAAACCGAACAGAUUUUAGGGCCCAUGCAGUUACACGAUACUGGAUUCGCUUGUCGCAGCAUCGAAUUUAACGGUUUCAGGAACCACUUAACACUUAAAAUUGCGAUUAUAUGAUAUGCAAAGUAAGACGAAAAUUGUGAAGGGGGAGAUUUUAUGAGCGGACAUUCCUGAGCGGCAUAUUUUCUUGUCGUACCAGUAUCAUGAAACUGCACCCUUCAAGAUCUUCAUACGGCAAGGUCUGAAAUUUUAAAGUUUUUCAGUAUUAUUUGUCUUCAAAGUCUUACGAAGAUUCUUUCUGACCCAUUUGUUUUCCGUAAGUAAAUUUUAAUCGCAGAGUUUCUAUUCAGGCCUGAUUUCUAUUCAGGUAUGAUUUCUAUUCAGGCCUGAUUUCUAUUCAGGCCUGAUUUCUAUUCAGGCCUGAUUUCUAUUCAGGCCUGAUUUCUAUUCAGGCAGGGUUUCUAUUCAGGCCUGAUUUCUAUUUAUAAGAUAAAAUUGGUAAACUGAAACUUUCAAGUUCACAAUUUUGGCCGGUCGGAACCACAGCAGAUAUUUUCCAAGAAGUAGGGAAGUAAUCAGAAGUUUAUUCGAGUAUAUUGACCAAAUAGUAUGAAACUUUUGUCGACACAUACUGUUCGAUUCAACAAGCAUUUGUAUCAGGCCCUCGUUUCCAAUUUCGAGGUUAUGAUCCAUUCAGUUGUUAUAAAUUACAACAACAUGUCAUUAGUCAACAAUUAGACAGUGACCAUAUUGGUAACGUGAUGCACAUUUCCUCUGAGAAACUUCUAGUCUUGAAUGGGGAAUUCAUAGGCAGACCACUGGAGACAUUUAUCAUUACCCUAAUGUUUGAGAUUUUUUAAUAUCCAGUUGGAAUGCAGGUCAUUCACAGGUUGGUACCCAAAACCAAAUUUUAGUAUCCUGUAGAUAUUGGGUUUAGAGCCUGUACGGUCUUCAAAGAUCCAGGACUGGAUUUUUUAUCCUAUCUAAAUUUCCUUACGAACUACUAAUGACUGUAAGAGAGCUUUCGAAGACCUUCGUUGCGUUUACAUCUUUGCAACUACAUCAUGCAAGUAAGGUAUAGAUAUUAGUUCAAAUUUUGAAAUAUGAUUUUAUUUCAUUGUGAAGGAAAUCCUAAUUUCAAGUAUGAAGAAGAAAGUUGAAUUAUUGAAAGAACAGGAAAAUGAAAUAAAGGAAGAAAUGAAACAAAAUGAUGAGUUGGGAAAACGAGUGGCAGACGAAGUGAAAGCAAGAACAAGUGGAAGCGAAUACUCUAAAUAUGAACUCUUUGUUGGAGAACUAAAUAACAUCAUUGGUUUGCUUUUGUCUUUAACUCAACGUAUGCAUCGCUACGAAAUAUUACUUCAGGAUAUUGAUCUCGCUGAGGAAAAUGGACGAGAUAAAAGGGUGAGUGAUUAAAGUGAAUUAUAACUAAAAACAACAAAUGCAGUGCAAUGAAAGAAACCACAUUUAUAAGGCAUUUAUAAGGGCGGAAAUAAACCGCGGCCUAAACAAGCCGCGAACGACUCCUAUAAACGGUCAAUUUAUUCGCAAGCCGCGUCUAAAAUGCAGAGCCCAGGAUUGAAAGCUAGGCCUAAGUAGGCCGUGGAUUAUAUUGCAAAUUCACUGUUUAUACAAGUCGUUCGUAACUUAUUUAAGCCGCGGCUAAUUUUGAUCGCCUUAAUCUUUUCCUCCCAUCGCAAAAGCCAACUCGCAAGCUCGCUGCGAAUACUUUCAACCAAUCACAAUGCUCGACAGUUUAUUUUAAAUGGAUGUAGCACUUGCAGCGGGCAUGCGAGUUGGUUUUGUGAUCAACGGAAAAGAGCCUUUAUUUUCGCUUGUAUAUAAACAGCAUAGUUUGCUGACAAUAUUGCUGCUAAAUUGCAAACGUUUUUUAUAGAUUAACUCCUGUAUUCUGACUGAUGAUUUAUCAUUGAUAAUUGUAAAGCCCCAUUUACACUUGCAAUUUUUGCUGCGAUUUCUGGUGCGAUUUUCUUCUAAUGGAUGUGAACGAGUGGAUAAAUUAUGAAUGUUGAGAUGAGGCAACAUAUACUCAGAACAUUCAUAACUCAUCUACUCGUUUACCUUCAUCCAGCAGAAGAAGAAAAACGCGUUAGAAAUCGUAGCAGAAAUUGCAAGUGUAAACGGGCCUUAAAGUUCCUGCAAGAUUUAUCCGUCUUUCUAUCGUUCUUUAAAAACAAAAGCUCAAGGUUAUCAAGCGCCGUCAAUUACGUCACGUUCCCUUGGGCUGCCAAAUUUUCUAAUCAACAUCAUGGACGGAUUGUCAGAUUUUGCGCACCCCCAGAAAAUCCGUCUAUGAAUUCAACGUGCAGCAACGUUAUAUUUAAAUAUUUUAAUAAUAAACGUAUAUUUUAAUUCAUUUCCAGGACGUUUUAUUGAAACGAAUCGAGCGAGUGAAGCAACAAUACGAAGAGGCGUGUAGAAUUAAAGAAAUAAACGAUAAACGAGGAGAAGCUGUGUCGAAAAUUGUUGACGAUUAUUGUUCUGAUGAAGAAUUUGCCGACUUUCAACAUUUUGUAGACAUGAAAACACAACUAGCUCUCACUCAUGCUGAAAUACGCGACAAGAUCAAACUUGGAGAGGAGAAAUUGAAUGCUUUAACUUCAGCGCAUAUUGACUGGACCACACUAGAUCUCAGUAUGAAGUAACUUUAUGGCAGUGUGUUUUCUUGGCGUGUUUUUCUGUGUGGCGUAGAAAGUGAUGUUACUUUAGAUAAGAUUUGGUUUGUUGGCGAGGAGGUAUAUGGUCAUAGGAUGCUAGUUCUGGAGGGUCUAAUUUUAUUAGGGUGGAGGCCCCAGGCUAAGGGUGGUGGUGGGAUGAGGCUAGGUUCAAGAUUCUAGUGUUCUGAACAACUUGAAAAUAACCAACAGUUAUUUGAAUAUGCACCAAAUGCAUAAACCUGCACCAACUUGCAAAUUAGACCCUCUAUAUACGUUAGUUUGCCCUCUACUAAGUAAGAAAUCCGUAACAGUAAGCUUUGAAAUUUUUGUGUGUAGAAAGUGCACCGACUGUAUAGUUUUAUUCCUUAUUCAGAACAUUUAGCAGAAAUGAACAUUUUUAAUGACUAGUGAUUUCUGUACUUUAAGAAAGUGAUUUUAGUAAUUUUAUUAUAUAGCAUGUAUUGUAUAUGAAGAAUGAAAAUUUUAUGAAUAGUAGGAUAUGAGUGUGUAUGGUGUCAGCGGAGGAAUAUUAGGAAUACCAAACUCACAAUAACUCAUGAAGAAAAACGCAAAGAAAUUGUUUUUAAAAUCAAUGUCAGUAAAUCUAAAAAUAUUUUGUCUUGCUUCCUACUAACAUAUAGACUUAACUUCCGCCAUUGUCGUCGUUCACAGGCAGGUUAAUAGACUUUAAUGACGUCCCCCAGAAGGCCC